ACACACACACACUCCCCCCAUCAAACAUGUGUGUGUAUGUGUGUGUAUGUGUGAGUGAGUGUCCUCCCUCAGUCUCUCCAUGGCUGGAUUGUGGCAGCAGCUCAGCUCCCUGCGGCAGGGUCGAGCUCUGGCUCUCCUCCACUUCAUUUGUCUUCUCUGCCCACCCUCAGGUGCUCUUCCGUGGGAUACCAAAGCCAGCCCAUCCCCUCUGGAGGGGUUUGAGGUGGUGAAGGGGAAUUUCUCUCGGACUUUCCUCCGCGUUGGCUACCAUAAGAUUGCAGAGAUUCCUGCAGGAGCACGAAACAUCAACAUACAAGAGACAAUAAAGAGCCGAAACUACCUAGCUCUGCAGACCCAAACUGGCGUCUCCAUCAUCAAUGGAAACUGGGUGAUUGACAGGCCAGGGAUCUUCACCGCUGUGGGAACACAACUGAUGUACCGAAGACCCAAUGAGAUCCGCUCUCGCAAUGGAGAGUCCAUCACUGCUCCUGGGCCACUGAUGGAGGACCUGCAUGUUUAUUUGAUCUACCAGCAACCAGGUCCUAGUAUAUACUAUGAAUACAGUGUGCCUUUACAUAACACGCAUCCGACUCCUGAAACGCACACACCUUCUGAUAUACUUCCCCUGGUUGAGACAGUAGGCCCGUCCCACCCAGGUGAGAAAGAACGCCAAAGCGACAUCACCAACAAUGACAUCAUCAAGGAGACAUCCCAUCCCAACCAGACUCCCUCUGUACCCAGCGUGAACUCUGACCCCCAGCCCACUUACACUUGGACAAAGAGUGGUGCACACAGAGUGCAGCACAACCUGUGGCACUGGCGUCAGGUGCAGUGGGAGUGUGUUGAGAAGGAGUCAGAGGUGACUGUUCCUGCUGACUUCUGUGAUCCUGCCCUUGAACCAACAAACCAGGAAGAAGACUGCAACACCCAGCCCUGCCCUGCAUACUGGGAUGUGGGAGAGUGGUCAGAGUGCAGCAGGAGGUGCGGACCUGGCACGCAGCACCGCCAGGUCAUCUGCCGCCAGGUCACUCGUGUCCACGCCAAUGGGACGGAGUCCUCGGUUACUGUGGCGCCAGAGCUGUGUGGGUUGUCCGAUAAGCCGGUGACCAAGUCUACAUGUCAGCUGAAAAUCUGCAGCCAGUGGGAGAUUCGAUCUGAGUGGAGCCCAUGCUCAGUGCCCUGUGGGGUGGGCCAGCGCAGCAGAGAGGUGGUGUGUUUGAGUAACCAGGGUGAUGUGGAGGAGGAUGAAGAGUGCAACAUGAACCUAAAGCCAGACACACUGCAGAACUGUGACAUGGGAGCCUGUGCACGCAGCUGGUUCAGCUCCCUCUGGAGCCAACGGUGCUCUGCAGAGUGUGGUAGGGGCAAUCGAACCCGGACAACAGUGUGCCUGAUGGAUCAUGUGACUGAUCUCCCAUUGGACAGCUGUGAAGGGGAACGCCCACCAGAAGUGACAGGUUGUGACUCAGGCCCUUGCCAGAACCAGUUGGAGUGGUAUACAGGACCUUGGAGUCAGUGUUCUGCAGAGUGUGGGAAUGGCACCCAGACCCGGAGGGUGGUUUGCAUUUUCAACAACAACAGUCACAUGGAGGUUGUGGAUCAGUCAAAAUGUUCUAGUCUGCCUCAGCCAAUCACAGCUCAGACCUGCAGACUGAAGCCAUGUGGUGUCCAGUGGUAUGUCACAGACUGGAGUGCAUGUUCCCGUUCUUGCAACGGUGGCUACCGCGUGCGAGAGGUGCGCUGUCUUGCAGACAACAUCGCCCCGAGUGACCGAUGUGACCCCAGUUUGACCCCAGAGAGUCGAGAAGAAUGCAACAAACAGCCCUGUGUAGCUGAGAUAAAUCCAUCAUGCAGUGACCAGUAUCAUAACUGCAUGGUGGUGGUUCAAGCCAGACUCUGCAUUUACCCUUACUACAGAAGUGUCUGCUGUGUCUCCUGCUCCCGUUCCCAGAGAACAUACCCCAACUCAUUUCAAAAGAACCACAUCCACAGGUGAUGCUGCCUCAGAAGAGUUAAAUUCACUUCAGAUCACAAAUAAAGAAAAAAAAAAAAAAAAAAGAAAAGAAAAAAAAAGCAGCACUGUGAACAUGACACCUAGCUCUGUUAAUAUUCAGUCACUCAGUCUGCAACAGAUAAGCUGACCAGGUUAUUAGCUACCUUCUUCUGUUUUGCGAACACAGCCAUACACCCACCACAGCAUGAAUACUGCUGUUUAAGUGAGAUGCUGUUUCAUCUGACACCAGACUGGAUGGAAAUAGCUUGAAACUUGAUCUCAUGACAGCACACAUACACACGCACACACACACUCUUAAGAAUUUCAGUAUCUAUAGGUCUAGAGUGUGUUUUCACUCUCAGUGUAACUUUAACCUGGACUGGUCACAUUUGGUGAUGUACUUCAUCUAUAUAUUUAUUCUUAAUAAAAACUGUAUACACUUCUGGGA